AUGAAUAUAAAUACAACUAUCAGCAUUCAGAACGUCAUCAAAUUAGACAGUGAUAUCUACAGCACCAGCAAUAUCGACAUCGAUAUCGAUAUUAAUACCAAUAUGAAGAUAACCAUCAAUACCAGUAUCCUCAACAACAUCAAUGUCGACAUCGACAUCGACAUCGACAUCGACGUGCGCAUUGCCAUAGGUAUUGAUAUCAACAGCAAUAUCACUAUCAACAUACGCAACGUCGUCAACAUCGAUAAUGAUAACGACAGCAGCAGCAACAUCGGCAUCGAUAUCGAUAUUAAUAUCAGUGUGAAUAUAAACAUCAAUACCAACAUACUCAGCACAAUCAAUAUCGACAUCGACGUUGAUACCAACAUCAACAUCAUCAUUGAUAUCAGUAUCAGUAUCAGCAUACUCAACAUCACUAAUAUCGAGAAUGGCAGCAACAGCAACAGCAACGUCAACAACCUCAACUCCUUCUAUAUCAUCAAUAUCGAGAGCAACAGUAACUUCGACAUCGAUAAUCAGAUUAAUAUCAAUAUAUGUAGCAAUAUCAACAUCACCCACUUCGACCUUAACAUGGAUAUCAAUAACAACAUCAAUAUUGAUGGCAAUCUUAACGUCGAUAUCGACAGCAACAUCAUCAAUACCGAUAUCAACAUCCCCAAUAUUAUCAAUACACACAUCGCCAUCGUCAUCGACGUAGACGUUGAUAUCAACCACAACAGUGUAUCGACAGCAACAUUGUCAUCGACGAAGAAAUCGCAUAUCGACAGCAACAUCGACAUCGACAACGAUAUCGAUAUAAAUAUAAAUUUCAAUAUCAGUAUCAACAUCAUCAAUAUCGAGAUAGGUAUCAACAGUAGCAGCAACAGCAUAACCUCAAAUUCCACGACAUCCGCGACAUCCUCAACAUACUUGACAUCCCCGACAUCCUUGACAUCCGCGACAACCUCGACCUCCUCAACAUCCGCGACAUCCUCGUCAUCCUCUACAUACGCGACACGCUCGACAACCUUGACAUCCUCGACAUCCGCGUCAUCGACGACAUCCACGACAUCCUCGACAUCCGCGACAUCCUCGACAACCGCGACAUACGCGACAUCACCGACAUGCGGGACUUCCACGAAUUCCUCGAUAUCCGAGAUCGACAUUGACGUAGAAGUCGAUAUUAGUAUCAAUGUGAAUAUAAGCAACAAUACAAAUAUCUUCAACACCGUCAAUAUCGACAUCGACAUCCGCAUCUAUACCAGUGUCAAUACCAACACCCUCAACAUCACUAAUAUCGAGAACGACAGCAGCAGCAACGGCAACAUCAACAUCCUGAACAUCUUCUUUGUCAUAAGUAUCGACAGAAACAGUAACGUCGAUAACUAUAUCCGUAUUAAUAUCAAUAUAAGUGGCAAUAUCAACAUCAUCAACAUCUACGUUGACGUUGAUAUAAGAAACAACGUCCAUAUCGGUGGUAACAUUAACAUCAACAUCGACACUAUCAUCAUCUGCUCUGGUAUCAACAUGCCCAAUAUUACUAGUACCCGCAUUGUCAUCAUCCACGUAGACAUUGACCAGCAACAGCUCAUAGUCGAUACCCGCUGUUUCCUCGACAUCGCCGACGAAAGCGACUUCGUCGGCAUUCUCGACAUUCGGGACAAACCUGACAUCAUCGACUUCCUCUAUAUCCUCUACAUCCAUGGCAUCCGCGAAGUACGCGACAUCCGCGACAUGCGCGACAUGCGCGACAACUUCGACAUCCGCGACGGCCGCGACAUCAUCGACAACCUCGAUAUCCUCUACAUCAACGGCACCACAGGAAUCCGCGGCAUCCUCGACAUCAGGGACUCCCGCGACAUAUGGUGCAACAACAACAACAAAAACAUCCUCUACAUACUCAACGGCCUCAACAUUCUGAACAUCAUCAACAACGACAUUGACUGCAGCAGCAGCAGUAGCAUCGACAUCGAUAUCGAUAUUGAUAUCAAUUCAACAUCGACAACCCCAUCGACAUCAGUAUCACAAUCAACAUCCUCAACAUCAUUAAUAUCGAGAACGGCAGCUACAGCAACAGCAACAACAACAUCCUCAGCAUCCUCUGUACCAUCAAUAUCGACAGCAACAACAUUGCAACAGGUACAACAGCAUAUCGACAGCAAGAUUGACAUCGAUGAAGAUAUGGAUGUAAAUAAGAACAUCUAUAUCAAUAUCAACAUCUCGAAUAUCGACACCGAUGUCUGCAAUAACAGCAACUGGACAUCCUCGACACCCUCGACAACACCGACAUCAGCGACACAGCCGACGUCCUCGACAACCGCGACACAUUCGACAUCCUCGACAUCCGCGGGAUCGUCGACAUCCUCGACAUCCUCGACAUCAUUCAAAUACGCGAAAUCCCCGACAUCCGCAACAUUCGCGACCUCCUCGAUAUCCACGACGUGCUCGAUAUCCUCGACAUUCGCGACAUCCUUGGCAUCUGCGACAACAUUGUCAUCCGCGACAUCACCACAUCCACGAUAUCCUCGACGUCCUCGACAUCAUCGGCAUCUUGGUGAUCCGUAA